AUGUUCAUGUUGCUUGCCGUUGUGUUCUGCCAAAUUGGUCUUGUUUCAGGGCAAGGUGGUUUUUAUCUUAAGAAUUGAAAGUUUAGAGCGAACAAAUUCAAAUUCGAGAGAAGUGACUCGCUAAAAUAUUCUUUUGAAAAAAAGAACGUUUUAAUAAUUAUAAUAACAAUAAAGUUUACUCAUUCGUUUAAACGAUGCAAACUUUUGCAUUUUUAAAAAAACAAUAUUUUUUGCGCGUCGCGGUGUGAAGUUGCGUCGUUCUGCAACAUGGUGCAUUUUAACUUUGAAAAUUUUUUUUUACUAACUCGUGUUAGUAAAUGGAAACAUAAAACUUCGAUCGUUUUGAAAAGUAGUUCGUUUUUCUGUUGGUUAUGUGAGCGGAAACUGUGUUCAGGAUGUUCCAGCGAUUAAAUUUUUGAAAUUGAGCUUUUGAAAUGUUUAUUUUAUUGUUGUAAACGUUGUUCAUGAUGGUUUUCUGCGUCACGAGUAAUCUUUUUUUCUCAGACUGUUGUGAACGGCCGAUUGUGGUUUAUGGGAAUAAUGUGACUUUUCCUGACGAAUGCAUACGCGCGAGUUGUAGCAAAGAACUGAUUUUCUUGGACGAUCUUCACCCUAAUGAUUAUGUCGAGGAUCUUUUGACGAACGCCAAGCAGUUGAGCACGUUGAGAAUCUUCCGAAAUCAGAAAAUGCCACUUUAUAUUCCGCUCGUCGAGGAAAUUAAUCAUCGCGGAACAGGUUUAUUUUUGUUAUUUUUUUGAGUAAAAAUAGUCUUCCAGGACCCGCUUUGAUACUUUCCGACGCGGUUUUAAUGAACGGAUCAUUUCAUAACUUGAAGAGAAUCAACGUUGACAAUCCAAGAUUUUUCUGCUGGAGAGAACUUAUUCAAAUUUCUGGAGAUAUCGAUGAUGACGUUAGACUGAUUCUUGAGAAUGUUACUCAGAAAGUGAGUUCUUUCAAAUGAAGACAUAAAUUUUUUUUUUAGUUAAAAAUGUUUGUGAUCAAAAAGAAAGAUUAUCUUCCUAACUUUAGAGGUUCUUGAGAAAAUUUUUGUAUUAAGUGUGCAAAGACGGCUCAAAAACUUGCAAUAUUCUUAAAAACGCAUAAGUGGUCCUUUUAGGGGUCAGGGCGAAAACAACCCCAUUAGGGAACAAAAAAUGCGUCACUGUAGAAGUAAAAUUUAGGUGCUCCCUUUAGGGGAUUAGGCUCUGACCCCUGAGCCCUACAGCUCAAGUGGUUCCUACAGGCUCUUCUAAUUUCUUUGCUUCGAUUUAAAAGUUGAAAAGACAAACCUCAUUCAUUCAACCUCUGUUGAUAUUUUCCAUUCAAAUAACGCUCAUUUAGUGAUUUUCCGGUUUUUUUCCAGUUUUUGAAAAACAUUUUAUUUUGUUCAAAAAGAACCCAAUUCCUCCAUUUUCCAGGUGCGAUCAGGUUGCUCUGGAGAUUUCAGUGAAAAAACCGAAGAAAAUACUUCAGGGAAUUUCGAUGAAGCGACUGGAGUUGGGAAUUGCUUUUGCAGCAGUUGGUUUUGUUUUUUUUCCAAAAAAUUUUUUCCCGAUUUUCAGUUGUUUGGGGAGCCUAUAGCACAGAAAAUCUUGUACUAAUUGAAUUUUUCCCUUUUUUUUUCUCUAUGUCGAGUUCUCUGAUUUCCAGCACCCGUUCUCGUCGGACUCUUGGUCUUGAUAAUAAUUGAAGGCGUCGCCUUGUUUUUCGUGUCGAAUUUGCUUUUCGUCUCCUACUUGAGACGGCACAAAAAAGAAAAGGCCUUGGCAACUUUAGGUUUUUUGAGUUUGAAAAAUUGUCGAAGUGAAAGCAAAUUCAAGGAACUUUUGCGGCUCAGAUUCUCGAUGGGAUCCUGUACCUCUACACUGGCAAGGAUUUGGCGGCUCGUCAGUUUUUUUUUAAUUCGGUGAUGAAAUUUAAUCGUCUCGGUCGAACGUUGGAAAUGAACCGAGAAAGAUUAACCACAACGUAGUGUGGAAUGAAUAGGCUGAAAGCAUUCUUCGAGUUGCGCCAGACGAGAAACGGUUUGCGCGGCUAGACAUCAGAUGGGACUGGAGAAUGUUCCUGUAGCUCAUUCACGACUUUUCGAAUCAAUGAUUUUUUUUUUGAAACUGAAGGAUCGGAGUACAUUUUUCAUUUUAAAAUAUCAGUUUCUGCUUGAUAGUUUAACCAAAAAAUGUUCUUCAAUGGAUAAGUACCGUAAUCUGUGAACUUUUCAGUGGAUCUCCUCAAUUCGGAUAGUGUGGCUGCCGAGGCAGCUUUGUAUAGUAAGUUGGAUGUUGUUAGCCUUUUAUGGAUGUCCAAACUUUGACAAAUCUCGCCAAUUUCUGAAAGUGCUUGCUAUCGUUUCAGAAGCCUACAUGGAACAGUGGCACAAAAUGGCAGCGCGUCGCUUCGAAAAGUACAAAAACGGCGAACCGCUUGACCCCUACGCCGACUUUCUCUGCCCCGAAUGGACUUUUCAAUUCCACAAGGAGAUUUUCACGGUCCGAGCCCCGCGGAACGUGACCGCCGAAUAUGCAGAAGCCGAGGCCAAGUUUGAGAUGGUGAAGAAGGUGCACAAAGGAGGGAGGGAAUUCGUCGCGUCGAGGGACACUCCGGAGUACACCGACGUCAGACAGAAGGCCUUGACAGGCGUUUCGCCUGUGGCCAAGUCUCCGACUUCUCAGGCUCCUCGAAGUCCUAUGAUUAUCAGUGGAAAGAAGAGCAAGGUGUUUUAUUCUUCGAGAGAAGGAGUUAAAGUGAUCUCAAUAGGGUUUUUUGGUUCAUAAUUACUUUUCGAAGUCAUCAACUCAGCUUUUGAGUAAAACAGGUAAAGCCUCUCAAGCCUAUUGAGUCUAGAAUGAUUCUGGAGGGGCUACUUUAGUAGUUUCACUUGCUCAUCAUAGCCUUAUGAUUAUCAGAGAGAAGAAGAGAAAGUUUAGCUAUUAUUUAGGAAACAUUAUCCGAAGUGAUCCUUUUAGGGUUUUGAGUAGGCAGUACCUCUCACGGCUAUCCAGUUUGGAGAGACUGAGCUUUUGCGCCGCUUAGUAAAGUCACUGCGGCUUAUUGAGUCCAGAGCGGCUGCUUUAGUAGUCUCACCAAAUUUCCCGACUUCUCGUAGUCCUAUGAAUUAGUGAGAAGAAGAGCAAGAUUGGUUAAAGUUCGUAGGGCCUUUUUAGUGUUUUUGAAAUCAGUUAGUGUCUCUUUAAAGACUCAGUUCGACCCCUCAUAAAUUUGUAAAAAGAGUCUGAAUUUCGGCUAUUGGUCUUUUAUGUAAUUAAUGGUUUAAGUGGUCACUUAAGAAGUCUGGAUAGAACUGUUAGAUUCUCAAAUCUUUCAGUGCUCUUUUAGGAGCCCGAUUGAAGCUCUCAGGCUUUUACAACUUCAAUUUUCAACUUGAAGAGCUAACUGAAUGUCUCAGAUUUCUAAAAUUUCUUUACUCAAAGCUAUCUUGAACUUGGCACAUUUAUAACGAUUAGUCAUCGUUUGAGGGUUCGAUAGAGCCUUGGAAGCCCUUUCGGGACUCAACCAAACGUUUCAUUGCAGUGUUUUUGUAUUACUUUUCAGGAGACAGUCGAACCUGUCCAAAAGAGCCCCAGCAAGUCGAAAGAGCACAUAAACACGAUCAAAGCCCCUAAGAAGUCCCAGAAGUCGAAAAAGAGCUCGAAAGAACCGACAAACUCGAAAGAAUUCGUUGGAGAGAAAGAUAAGAAAGGUCAAGAAAGCUUUGAAUUUCAAGAAAUGAGAAGACGUUCUAUAGUUAUUUUACCAUAAUUCUGAUCUCUCUGAUCUCUCGUGUUAACGUGCCGUUUUCAUGUUUCUAUGACCUCACCCGCGAGGGAGAAGAGACGCAGAACGGUCAGAUCGUUUAACUUCGUCCAAAUCAAAUUAAACCUGUUUCAAAAGAAAGCCACUGGUAAACUAAAAAAUAAUUUAAGGCUCUCGAAAAUCUCAAAAGAAGUCGAGAGAGGCAGCUGGCACAGACGUCAGCCAACCUCAGCCAAUUAUCGAAGGGGCCACUUUUGAACCGCCGCCACUGGAUGCGUCACCGACUGAAGUCUCCGCCCCUUAUGAACUGGUCAAACGAAAAGAUUGCAAGAUAAUCAAUCUGAGUGAUUCGCCGCCAGCCAACGUUUCGGACAUGUUCUCCAGGGAUCCGAAGAUCUUGAGUCGGUUUUUCUUUUUUCAGAAAGAAGAACUGACACUUUGAAGCAUCAAAGCUUGUGACCUCUGAAAAAUACUCAGCUUUCUGUGAUCAAAAAGUUCCGGGGAGGUUUUCUGAAAAAUGUUUAGUCUUUCAGUUAGUUUUUGACAAGAUAUUUUCUAAAACUUCGUGUUCAGAUUUGCAACCAGAAAUGCAAAAAAAGACUUAACCUAAUCCGGAUAUAAUAGUCUCCCAUCUCUUUGCAACUUCCAAUCUCUUCGAAAAUUCAAGAAUAGGAUUAUUUUCAGACGACACUUUAUCAGUGCUCUCAAUGAUAUGCGACCAACUCCAGAACUUCUACACGACUCAUGAGAAAGGUAAGGUUUGUUCAAACCUACAAGAAAAACUGAAAUUUGCAUUUUAUUGGAAAACGUUCCAUUGACUCGGACUCGGACUUCGGUAACCUAAACCGGAGGCGUCCCGACGUUUCUGAGCAUUUGAAGUAAUCACUUAAGAGUGCAAACCUAAGAAAUGGCCGGGACGCUGCGUCCGGAUUACGUUACUGAUCUCCGAGAAUUUGUAGAAAAUAAUUAUUUUUGUCUGUAGAGCACGUAUGAGCUGUAGGCUAUCCUGGUCUUCAAACAAGAAGUUUGUUUUAGUCACUGAGUUGAUACGAAUAACGCUGGACGACGCGACGGUCGUUCUAUCGCAAAGAGCCGCGAAUUCUAGGAAAUUUGAGGAAGAAUCUGGUUCGCGAGUCAAGAAACUCAAUUCGCAGCCUGUUACGGCGAAUGUCGAUGGCAUGAGUGAGUGGAACUAAGAAAAAUGUGAAGAACUGAUAACGUAUGGAAAAAUAAAGAUUCUACUUAUUGUUCAAAAUUACUUUCUCGGGAUAUUUAAUGGUCCGAGAAAAAUUGAAUUAAGGUAUCGAUUUGAUCAGUCCGUUUUUAGUGAUUUUUUGGCUUAUGAAAAGCUCGUGCUCCCCCAAAAUCGCUGGCAUUUUUUGAAUAGAUGAUGAAAAAGGGUGGCCCGAAGAUGGUCGAGACGCCCCCGACCGCAACGCGCUUCGCGAAGCGGUUUCAUUGUCAAAAUAACCCUCUUUUUUCUUAAACUUGUUUAUCUUGUUUCCCACCCAUUUUCUACAUUUCUACUCAUUUUCAACUUUGCGUUUCGGUCCGAAAGGCUGUAGCAGCUCGGCUAAAAAUCUUUUUCAACCCCUUUUCUAUUCAAGAAUAGGAGUUUAUAAUCGAAAAAAAGUUUCGGAGUUGAUCCUAAAAAAAUAUUAUUAGAAUUAGCGCUUUUUUUCAAUCUUUAAUUCGUAAAAGUAGAAAAAUUAUAAAUCGAUAUAGAUCAGGUUUUGAUCGGGACAUUUUCCAGUCUUCUACCGAGAACUGAUGGAAAUGAGGGCCAACUGUGAUCCCAACGAUCUAGAAUUGCUGGAACUUCUUGAAGCCGAACACAAGAUGAGGGCCAUGAAACUUGCGGCAAUGGGAAAGAAUUACUUGAAAUUUUACAAUGGUUACUUUUUUAAAAAAAAAAGUCACAAAAAACUGUCUUUGAGCCGUUCUAUCUGAAAAAAGAUUUUCGGGACUGAUUGAUGAAUUUUCAGUUGAAACGGAGGUACAAGAAGUCGUGCUACCCGGCGAAACCUUGGCGGAUACUAUGAGGCGGUAUUACGGUGGGUAUUUCGGGAUUUAAUAAUGAGUAUCGAUGUAAAAUUUUAGGAGAGUCAAAUAGAAUGCUCAAAAUAGCCAAUCUUGUUGAAAUUCGACGGCUGCGACUCAACCAAACAAGCAAAAGUGUCGCGAAAAAGACUUUUGUGGAGAAGAAAAAGGCUCAAUCCGCGAAAAAUACCAAAUGAUUCUCUUUUAUUUCAUCUUUUUUUUGUUUUAUUAUUCUACACGACUACUCUUUCUGAUACUUCAUUUUCUUCAAUGUCUUGCGCUGGAAUUGAAUAAAUUCUCGUUUUUAUUUUGUUGUAAUAAUACGCUAUAGCAAAGAUGUACUGUGAAUAAGGUGAAUGCACCAAAUGCGUUUAAUCUCACGACAUUUGUUUAUUAUUUAUUAUUAUUUAUUUUCAGGUUUUUCUAAAAAAUUUUGUCUGUUAACUUUUUUUUUGUGCAUUUAAAUGUGUUAAACUUUUAAGGACAGCUUUCAAGAAGGCUAAGAAGUCACUUUUUUUUUCGAACUUAUCAUUAAAAAGUGGAUUUUUCUUCCUAAAGUUCUUUAUUCUCAAUUUCCUCCUCGAAAACGUUUGAAAGUUGUUGUAAAUUGACCGCAGCCUGUUGAAAAUAAGUUCAAAAACAUAAAAUGGUAACGAAAAAAAAAUUACUAGAAAGACGCUUUACAGCGACUUUCGAAUUCGUCCUUUUUUCAAUCCUUUAAGAAAAACCAAAGUUUACCAUGAAAAUAUUGCAGAGAAAGUUAUGUUUCUCUACUCGUAAACAACCGUUUUUGUCCAAAAUGCAAAGGACAUUCGUUAUCUUAUCAUUCAUCAUGGUUUGUUAUUGGGUUUGGGCCCGGUUUCCGUGUCUUCUCGGUGUUUUUCUCAUAUUUAUUGGAAGUUUUUCAGGAGGUUCACUGAUUUGAAUGAAUUAAAAAAAAAGUUCCUUGGUUUUUGUUCCAAAAGAGAAAUGUUGUUCCGCGCACACGCCCCUCACGUGCUUGUUUGUUUGUUGGCCAAAUUCUUCUCUACCCGCUUUUUGAUCGCUUUUUUUCUUGUCAAGACAAGAAACUUUGAUUUAUUGCUGUUCAAAUUCAUAUUUUCUUUAAGGAAGAAAUAAAAAUACCCUUUCUGAAUUUAUUUUUCGAAUAAUGAUUUUUUUGAACUUUCUACUUGCAAUGUUUUUCUCAUGAUGUUUGAUCAAAAAAAUCCACUUCUCCUUCCUUGUUUUCAGGUUCUAAUUAGAUUUUGUUUCGAUUCUUUCUCUUCGACGUUCAGCAGUAAGUAUCUUUUUUUUCAGUUCCCUGUGCAAUGACACGAUUGAAACUGCUGCUAGCCCGGAAACAUUUUAUUUAUUUUAGGUAUUUUUUGUCUUUUUCAAGAUUGAAAUGAUAAAUGUUGAAUUUUUUUCAGAUUUUUACUGCACUAAACCAACAGGAGUCCCGUAUAAUCAGUUAACAGUUGCGGCGGCGAAAGAAACUUUUGAAGGUUUUUUUUUGUGAAGCAAGUUUGCUCUAUGGAGAAAUAGUUCCAAGUUUUUUUGUGAAUGAAUCAAAUUUUUUUGAGUGAAAUGCAAAAUUGAAAAAUGAUGAGCUUCUUUUAUAGGAACGCGCUUUUUUUAAGUUUGAUAUAUAUGAUUUUUUUUUUCAUUUUUUUUUUUUGAGAUAACAAUGAAAAAGCUUUUUUCAAAUUUGCAAAAAAAUUUGUGAGAAUUGAAAUUUUCCAGGCGAAAGAAGGGUCGCCUUGAGUCCGGCCGCUGUGGCUUUAUUAGUUUCAAAAGGUCUGAAUGUUAAGGUAAGUUCCAAAAAACUUAUUGAUCGAAUGAAAAAUCAAUUUUCUAAGGUGGAAGAGAACGCCGGGACAGCGGCGGGCUGGAAUAACGAUGAUUAUUUGAAAAGUGGCGCAAAAAUCGCGCCGAGCUCAGAAAUUUUCAACUCCGACGUCUUGUUGAAGGUUCCGAACUUGACAGUUUUUCAUCAUUUUUGGCGAAUCAGACAAAUAAAGAAUAUUCGGUUUUUUUUCGGGAUUAUUUCUUUCAUGAAAGUCUUCACAUUAUUCUAGCGGAUUUUUCAACUUCUGACUCAUUUUUAAAACCUUUUUUCAAGGCAUACUUUUAAGUUUUUUCAACGUUAAUAUUCUAUUUCGAUUUGUUUAAUACCCAUUUUCUUCUGAUUUCGACCAUUUUCCUAAGUUUUUAACUCCUUUCAAUUUUCGUAGGCUAUUUUUUCCCUUCCUCGAGCAUUUUAGCAAAUUUUUCUUCUCAUAAUAACUCUUUCCUAGGUCCGAGCCCCAUCUUCUUCUGAAAUUGCUCGAAUCCGAGAAGGAGCCACCCUUAUUUCCUUCGUCCAGCCAGCCACCAACAAAGAUUUGCUAAAUGACCUGGCCAAUCGGAAAUUGACCGUUCUGGCCAUGGACUGCGUGCCGAGGAUCAGUCGGGCUCAAGUUCGAUCUUAUGGAAAAGCGAAGAAAAAGAGAGGAAUUAGGUUUUUGACGCUCUCUCCUCGAUGGCCAACAUUGCUGGGUAUCGGGCUGUCGUCGAAGCGGCCCAUCACUUCGGACGGUUUUUCACCGGCCAAAUCACGGCCGCCGGAAAGGUUUGAAAAAGUAGCAUUAUGAGCCGAUUGGACAUGUUUCUCGAAAAAUGAAGAUUCCAAUUUAAUCGUAAAUUAUUUAGAGAUAAUGAGAUUUUCUAAAAAAUAGUGUUUGUGAUGUAUAUAUUCGAAGAAUGAUUAAUGGUUUUUGAAGGUGCCGCCGGCAAAAGUUCUUGUCAUUGGAGGUGGUGUGGCUGGACUUAGUGCAAUAGGAACCGCCAGAGGAAUGGUGAGUUUGAAAUCGGAAAAAUUCUGUUAAAUAUCUUGAGAGUGAGUUUCUCUGAAAGGAAGCUUUCUCAUAUUUGCAUAAGAAAUAACUUCUGUUUUCCCUGAAAAGACAGACUUGUUUCACUUAAUAAAUUGGCCGCUAUAAAAUGUCGUUGGGAGCUUGUUUCCUCAUAUAUAUUCUUUUAGGCCACCCUAAUUUCAAAUUUUCUGAGACACUAGACAGGAUUUCAUAACUUUUUCCUUUGGAGAUUAUGAAGUUUUUGCCGUUUCUAGGGCGCCAUCGUCCGCGGUUUUGACACCAGAUCCGCUGUGAAAGAUCAAAUCCAGUCUCUGGGAGCCGAGUUUCUGACCGUCGACAUCAAGGAGGAAGGCGAAGGUGGCGGUGGGUACGCCAAGGAGAUGAGCAAGGAGUUCAUCGAGGUAAAAGGGCGUUUUUCAAGAUUUUUCAAAGGCGCUGAAGCCAUGCCUAAUCUCAAAUGAGACGGAGGCGGCCUAGUUUCCCAAAAAAAAAAAAUUAAUCGAUCACAAGCUACGGUUAGAUUGAUAGAAAAAAUCAUUUUCAGAGAGUAGAUGGCCUAUUUUUCCAAAAAAAAAUUAUAAAAAAGAGUGGUGUUUCAGAAUUUAUUGAUAGAGUUUUAAAGGAGCAGAAGUCUUGAUCGCCAAAAAAAACUUCUGAAAAGAAUCUUCGCUUUCAGCAAGGCUUUUUAUGCGUUCUGCGCUUUUAAAAAGCUCGCUCUUUAACCUUGGAAAAGUCCCGGCUUUUCAGGCCGAAAUGGCUCUUUUCGCCGCCCAAUGCAAAGACGUCGACAUCGUCAUCUCUACGGCGUUGAUCCCUGGCAAGAAGGCGCCGGUGCUGAUCACCGAGGAGAUGAUCAAGUCGAUGAAGCCGGGCAGUGUUGUCGUUGAUCUCGCCGCCGAGUCUGGCGGCAACAUCGCCACGACGAAACCCGGCCAGUGCCACAUUCAGCACGGCGUUACUCAUAUUGGCUACACCGAUCUUCCUUCCAGGUCAGGAUUGGAUGUACCUAAAAAUAUUAAGGUUUGAAGCUAGAAACCGUUCGUUUUUUUAGUGGAUAAACUCGCUGUCUCUCUAUUUCUAAAAAUCAAGUCACAAACAAAAAUUUUUCUUUGAUUUUUGAAACUUCAUCCAGUGUGAUAGCCCAUUAUCAAAAAUGCAGACGCAACUUUUUGAGCCAUUUCCUCUUACUGUAACCGGGUUACGGUAGUGAUGUGGUCACCUGCUUAUCUAAGUAUUGAUGAGUUUCUUUCCAGACGAAUAAUUCAUCAAUCGAUAGGUAAUGCAAUUUUAGAAACUUUUCCAGUACAAACCAACUUGGGUUACUGUACAAUUUUUUUGAGAUACGGUACUUUUGUGUUUGAAAUCUUUUUUAUUCUGUCACCCUGUUCACAAUAGUUAUUCAUUGUGAAAAUAACUCUUUUUCUUAUUUUUUAGGAAGGUAUCGUCACUUUUGAAAGUUAACGGUACUAAAAGGCAAGAAGCCAAUAAAAGUAGAAUAUUCUCUUCAGAUUUUGUAUGUCAAGUACAAUGACGUCGUUUGAAAAAGCUCUAAGGAUGUCAUCGGGGGCGGAGCUUCAGCCAUGACUUGGAAUUCAAUAUUUGAACAUAUUUUUUGUUUUAUUCGUGAAACUGGAGCAGAAAGAUGAAAAAUGUUUUUUGUUGUUCAGAUUGCCGACUCAAAGCAGCACUCUCUACGCCAACAAUAUCGCCAAAUUCCUUCUCUCCUUGGGCGAAAAAGACAAUUUCAGUAUCAAUCUAGAUGACGAGGUUGAAAUAUUUUCGAAAAAAGGUUCAAAAACAGUUAAAAGUUUAGGUAACACGAGGAGCCCUCGUCCUUCACAAUGGUGAGCUUACAUGGCCCCCACCGACGAUUCAACACCCGCCGCCAGUCAAAGCAGCAAAAGUGGGUAUUUAUGAGAGAUUUCUGGCUAAAAUGAGCAAUCUUUCGGAUAUAAAAAAACUUCGAACUCUCCUGAAAGUUGAAAAAAAAAUUUACGGAAUUUUUUUCUAGAGCACCUUUUCAAUACAAUGAGCGGUGAACCCUUAUAAGCUUUGAAAGAAGAAAUGUAUUUUUACAGGUCGACCAAAAAAUUCAACAAAAAGCUGAAGCGCCACUCACACCCCUCCAAAUUACGUCCAAAAAUGCUUUGGCUUUGACUUCUGGUCGGUUUUAGCUCAAGAAGUUGACUGAUUCAACUUUUUAAGGUCUUGGAACUUUGACUUUGCUGGGAUUGACCUGCCCGAAUUUGCAAUUUGCCAAUAUGUCAACGACUUUCGCCUUGGCCGGUAUCGUUGGUGGGUUUUGAGAGAAUUGGAAAGAUCCUUCAAUGGUUAUUCAAUAGAAGGUCAAUAAAAUGGAAAUAGCUCAAGAUUUCAUGAAUUCAAGCCAUGAAAUUUGAAGAGGUCAACUUUUUGCAAAUUAGCAUCGGUCCUUUGAUCUCAUAAGUAGAGUUUAAGCGAAUUUUCGAUAUUUUUAACCCUCGGAGGUGUUUUUCGAGCUUGUCUCUGAGAACGCGGCUUUUUUCAGUUUCCAAGGUCUGAAAAAUGCAGUCGAAUUUUAAUUUUUUCUUUUUCAGGAAUGGAUCGAGUUUUAAUUAAUAUUUUCUUCUUGUUAGGAUUGCUUUAAACAAUUUUAGAGUUGAUUGAGAAAUCUGAUUGAAGAAUUCCUCGAAGGAGUUCAUUUGGCCUUUUGCAGGAUAUCACACGGUUUGGGGCGUCACUCCGGCUCUUCACUCCCCUCUGAUGAGCGUCACCAACGCCAUUUCUGGAACUACGGCCGCCGGCGCCUUGUGUCUGAUGGGAGGUGAUAAAAUUGGAAUUACCAUGAAUGUGACCAAAAAAAAAAAGAGAAAACACGACCUAGAAAGACGCUCUGGCGCGUGACAUAGUUCACCUGUCAAAUUUGGAACUGACUUGUCUGCGCCUCUCGUAAUUACUUGCUCUUUCCGUACCCUUCUGACCUCCUCGAUGAGAGAAAAGAGUGCGCAGACAAGUCAGAUUCACUCGAGUUUUGUUGGAUGACCUCAGAAAUUGUUCAUUUGUGAUGAGAAAAUGGAAGAAUCUCAAUUUCAUAGGUGGCCUUGUACCUGCUAGCCCAGCCCAAACUCUGGCUCUAUCCGCAGCUUUUAUUUCUUCGAUCAAUAUCGGAGGAGGAUUUCUGGUUACCAAAAGGAUGUUGGACAUGUUCAAGAGGAAAGGUUUGAUGAAAAAUGACUCAUGGUCGCGUUUGGAAUGGCUCACCCGACUUGAAACGACUUGCGCGUAGGACAUCAAGAAGCUUUUUUGACAGACUCGAACCUUUAACCGCGACGCUUUGAGCCGUUCCAAAUGAGACCACGUUUUUUCCUGUUUAUUAAGAUCAGAAAAUUAUUCAGACGACCCACCAGAGUAUAAUUUCCUGUAUGCGAUCCCGGCGACAGUUUUUCUUGGUGGAUACGCCUAUGGCUUGCAAAUUGUGCGUAUUUCAUUGACUUCUUUUUCGCAAAGCAAUUCCAAAUGCGACCUAGAAGGUUUAUAGGGAGCUCCAUCGGUCCAUUCCUUGGCCUAUCUUGGCUCCUCUCUAUGCUGCGUCGGCGCCUUGGCUGGUCUUUCUACACAGAAAACGGCGAGAGUAGGAAACGCGCUAGGUUUGAAAUAGCAGAAAAUGGACGAAUUGUGUGUUUUAUGUUUGAAAUUUAGUUCGCUGCUGCAUAUAUUUCCCUUUUUAUGAGCUUCUUUUCAAAAAAAAAAAAAUGGAUUUUUUAACUUUCUUGCGAAAUCAUCCCUGUAGUGCAUAACACAGUUGUUUCAUGGCUAUAUUUUUCCACAUAUUACCAACAGAAAACGAAGAAUUUUAGGAAUGACUGGAGUGGUUGGCGGACUUGCGGCAACGCUAGGAAUUCUGAAUCCGGAUUCGAAUACCUUGAUUCAGGUCUCUAAAUGUUCGAAAUCUCAGUUUUGAUAAAUUUUCCGUGAGAAAUUUCUUUUUCUUUUAGUUUUUGUUCAGAAUUUAGGAAAUUUCACUCUAAAUUUUUCAUGGUUUUCGAUAAGAAACUUUCGUAGUUUAGCUCUAGAAUUUGAUUGAAAAAUAAUGAUUGAGAUCAAUAUUUCUUUGGGAUUUUCGUAGUUUGGCCUAAAAAACUCAGGUAAGAAUCAUCAUCAAGAAAGCGCGUUUGGAAUUAGAAAAUGGGCCAAGUCCCAGAAUCGAUAACUUCUUUGUGAUUUCGGUUAUGAAAACAUUGAAAUGAAAAUUGUCGAUGGAGCGAGUUUGUUUCGAAAAAAUGGUAUUAGGAGUAAUUUAAAUAUUUGAAUAAUUAGGAAGAAAUCGAAGAAAGUUACAGUGAAGUCGGAUUCUCAAUGGAGCUCAAAAAAUGGCUUCAAAGCCGAAAAUAUGUUUUUCAGAUGGGCGGCGCAGUGACUCUUGGCUCGGUUAUUGGUAUGAUCAUUGCCCAGAAAAUCAAGGUUAAUGAGAUUCACCUGUUUUUUUCGAGUUCCUAUAAUUUCUAGGUAACCGACCUGCCCCAACUUGUCGCCGCCUUCCAUUCUUUUGUUGGCUUGGCUGCCACUCUGACUUGUUUGGCGAACUAUAUGGUCGAACAUCCGCAUUUUCUUACUGAUCCCAGUGGUUAAUCACUCAUUUUCAUAUUUUCAACAAAAAAGCUCCGGUUUACAGGAUCGGCGGCCACAAAAACCGCUUUGUUCCUUGGAGCAUACAUUGGCGGAGUCACGUUCACGGGAAGUUUGAUGGCGUAUGGAAAGUUGCAAGGUUGGGGAGGACUGAAAAUACAAAUUGAGAGAAAUUUGGAAAAUUCGACCUUCUAAAAUUAUAAUUUUUUGUUAAAUGUUUAUCAUUAAAAUCGGGAGAAAUGAAUUUUUCAAAAUUUUCAAAUCUCCUUGGAAUUUUUUUUUUGAAAAGUUUGAUCAUUGGCUAGAAAUCCAAACUGAAAUGUGGAAUUCGAAAGUUUUUGCAGUUUUUCGAUCUGUAUAUUCAGGGAUCCUCGGCUCGAAGGCGACGUUCCUGCCUGGACGUCAUCUGAUCAACGGCGGGCUUCUUGCGGGCAACCUAGGCGCCCUGGGCGUCUACAUGUCCUCCCAGGACUACGCGACAGGCCUCGGGAUGCUCGGAACGACGGCCGGUCUCUCCAGCGUCAUGGGCGUCACGUUGACCAUGGCGAUCGGAGGUUGAUAAACUCCGGCUCCGACGGAAAACCGUUCAAUUAUUCUAAAGGAGCUGACAUGCCGGUGGUGAUCACGGUCCUCAACUCGUACAGCGGCUGGGCUCUCUGCGCCGAAGGCUUCAUGUUGAAUAAUAAUCUCCUGACAAUCGUCGGAGCCUUGAUUGGAAGCUCCGGAGCGAUUCUUUCGCAUAUCAUGUGCAAGGUGGGGUUUGGGAAAGGAUGGAGUUUCUUCAAACCGGCUUUUAAUCAAAAGACGAAGUUUUUCGACCCGAAUUAGUGGAGAGUAUUUGAAACGAGAAUGCUUGAAAGUAUUCAUGUCUCUAAAAAAAUUCUUUGGAAAAAAGACCGCGGCCUACAAAUCUAAAAAGAUCCAAAAUUAAUUUUUACAUAAACAAUUUUUGGAAAAUAAGAACGCGGACUGGGAAUCGAAGUCAUGGCUGCCAAAAAAACGAUUCGUUCAAAAGGAAAUCUUCAAACGAUAAAGCAUUGAUUUCUUGUAGACUGGUAUUCCAAAUCAAUCGUCAUCAUUUAGAGAACUAGGCUAACUUUUGUUGGAUUUUUUGUCAGGAUAAAAAAGGGAGUUCCAGGCUAUGAACCGAUCCCUCAUCAAUGUGAUUCUUGGAGGAGUCGGGACGAAAUCCCAAGGGGGCGGGCAAGCCAAGGCGAUCGAGGGAACUGCGACGGAAAUCAGUGCUAAUAAGGUAAUAACAUUAUAUAAUCCCUUCAAAAAAGAUCACUGAAAGCUAUGAAUUUCAGGGGAAAUACAAUGGAAAAGCUUUCAAGUAACCAUUACCUUUUUUAACCUCUGAGUUACAACAAAUUUCAACUUCUUGCGUAUUAUAAUUAGGAUUUAUUCACAGUUUUAUCUCAAAAAAAAUUUUUUUCUGGAAAAAUACAGUAUUUUUUUCAUAUAGUUCGCUGUUCCAGAAUUUCAUUUUAUUGAUAUUUUUUUCUUUUUCCAUUAUUCCGAAAGAACAAUCAUAUCAUUUUACUUUUAAGGGACCUUUUUCCCAAAAAUUUCUCAUUAAGAAACGAUUCAAAACUUCUUUAGCAGUUCAGAAAGAAGAAAGGAGGAAUCAACCAAAAAAAGAUUUUAGACGGUAGAAAUGCUGUCAACGGCGAAGAGCGUGAUCAUCGUACCGGGAUACGGUCUUUGCGCGGCCCAAGCACAGUACCCGAUCGCCCAACUCGUCAAAAGUCUCCAGGAACGAGGCGUCCGUGUUCGAUUCGCUAUUCAUCCUGUUGCUGGUGGGAGAAGUGUGAAAAAAAAAAACAUUAAAAAAUAAUGGAAAAAUGUUCUAAAAAUUAGAAAGUAUUCCCCAAAGUAUUAAAUUGUGAAAAUAAAUUCUGAAAGAAGACGAAAUUAAAAGCGCUGUGAAGCUGUAAAAUUUUGACUUCUUUUUGAAUUUAUAGUUUCCAAAUGUUCAACUCCUCUUCCGAUUAAAAAAAGAAAGUUCUGAGUGAAGCGACAAAAGUCAAUAUUUUGAGACUCUAGACAUUUUUUAACUUUAAUGGUCAUAAAAAUACUCGUUUGAAAUGCCAACUCAGUACAUAUUUGAACAUUUUUGGCUCGAAUUUUAGGCCGCAUGCCGGGACAAUUGAACGUUUUACUCGCGGAAGCCGGUGUCCCUUACGAUAUCGUUGAAGAAAUGGAUGAGAUCAAUCAAGAUUUCGGCGAGACCGACGUCGCGCUUGUGAUUGGUCUGAAACUCGCAGGAAAUGGAAAGAAAAAGGGGAGGAUUCAGGAGCCAACGAUACAGUAAACUCGGCGGCCGAAGAUGAUCCGAAUAGUUCGAUCGCUGGAAUGCCCGUCCUCAGGGUUUGGAACGCCAAAAAUGUUCGUUUUUUUAAAAACUUUUUAAAGGAAAGUGUUAAAAAUUGGAAAUUUAGCUUUAUUCAACUUUUUAAAGUUUAUUUUGUGAAUGUCUCGUAGCGUCUUCGAAGUUGAUUUUUGAAAAAAAUUCAAAAUCUCUCACGGUCGCAACUAAUGGCUGAACGCGUAGCGGUUGCGUUGCGACUAAAGUUUGAAAUUUGAGUUCAAAGUGUCGAAUGCUACAUCGCGAGAGCCGUUCCUCGGCCAAGGACAGUUAGAAAACAAAGAAGAAAACGCUUUGCAGUCGCAAAAAGCAGACUCAUUCCAAAUGCGGUCAUUUUUCCGUUAGAAAUGAAAGGGAGUAUAUUUUUUGAAUUACUAUUUCCUUUCUGGCGUUUUGAUUGAAACUUUUGUGCUUGAGUUUUCAAUUUGUAAAAAAAAAAUGAAAUGGUGAAGGUUGCACGGUUUAUUUACGAGAAAGCAAAGAAAAAUGGGCGGAGCUAUGUUUUUUUUUUCAUUUUUCAGUGGAUAAGGUUCGGUUAACUUCAUUUGCGCACAGGAAAAUGGGCGGUGCUAGAUUUCCAAGUUUAAACAAGUAAAUGGAAUAUUUAGUUGACAGAGAAGUCUUUCUCAGCUGUAAUAACAUUUCAUCUAUUCAAAUAUUCGGUGCAAUAAGUGCACGGUAUUUCAAUGAAAGCACAGAAAAGUGGGCGGAGCCAAUAACUCAUAAUGCAAUGAUCUAUCAACUAAAUAAAAAAAGUACAGGUCGUGAUAAUGAAACGAACAUUGGGGACGGGAUACGCCGCAGUGGAUAAUCCGGUGUUCUUCAACGAAAACACUUCGAUGCUCCUCGGAGAUGCCAAGAAGAUGUGCGACAAGCUUCUCGAGCACGUCAAGGCUCUUCCGAACUGA